AAUUAACACAAAUACAGUGUUUAAAUGAACAUGUUUAAUAUUACUAUAAAUAAGGUUAGCAUUUAAUUCCAAAGUCACCAAAAGGCCCCACGUGUAUUUCUGCCCAGACGCCUAUUAUUCCAGCCUUUUAGAAAGCAGCGUAACAUGGUGAGAAACAACCAGCUGCGUCCAAGUCUCACUGCUCUUCAUCGUCACUUACAGUUCAGGUAGAACGCUAAGUUGCUGCUUCAUGUUUGGACGGCCAUUCUGUCUCAGUGAAAGCUGACGAGAAGAACAUUUAUCAUGACUGGUGAGAAUAAAAAUGCAUUAAAGAUACAUUUAUAACAGAAGUGAGUCCUGUAGACAGUAAGUUUGGGUGUUUGAUUGUUCAGACCAGGUGCCGCUGCUUGCUGUUUGUUUGUCCGUUGGUCUGCUGUUGCUAGUGCUGCUGCUGCUGAUUCUGACAAUUUGCUGCCUGAGGAGGAAGAAGAACAAGCAGGAUCAGUAUCAGGAGCUGAUCAGCACGGUGCCAUCGGUACCGGCCCACUCUGCUCCGGUGAUCCCUGUGUCUCAAGGCUUUUGUGCCAGGCAAGUACCAGUAGCAAAUAUUAGUGGAUGUAUUGAGAGUAACCCCAGACAAAUGCCAAUCCAGAGAACCUAAAUGCUUUGUUGUUUGUUUGUUUAUGCAAGGCAUGGUGAAAUCCCUUUCUCUUUGCCUCCUCGCUGUAUUCCACAAAAUACUGCGGUUCUGAGAGAUGUUGAGAGCCAGGAGAAAGAAAAGGAGGGAGCGAUGAAGAUGGAUGCUCAGCGAGACAUUCUGGCUCACCGUGGGUCACUGUCAGUGAGAAGUUGGUACCCAGUGGGGUCGGUGCUGACAGGUCUGUACUCUAUGACCCCUCUGAACGAGGUGGCGGCUCCUCCUCUUGGCAUGGCCACUCGCCUCUGCUUCUCUGUAGAGUAUCGUCACAGCAGCGAGCAGCUCGUGGUCUCCUUGCUACGCCUCAGCAACCUCCUUCCCCGUUUCCACAGCAACAUGACACUGGUGGAGCUGCGGCUUCUUCCCGAUGACCGGAGGCCCCGGCAGGCCAAGGCCCGGGGGACGGGGCCUGACCCAGAGUUUAACGACUGCUUGAUUUUCCAGGUAUCAGCAGUGUGUGUGUUGCGGAGCACCCUUAGUGUGUGUGUGCUGAGUGUGGAGAAAGACGGUAAACGGCAUGCCGUGGGCAGAGCGUUGUUUCCCCUGGAAGGGGAGCUUGGUCAGGCCGGCAGAGUUCUGUGGAGAGACCUUGAUCCCGAGGAGGUAACGCAGUGUUCAGUGCUGGGUGAUGUGCAGAUAUCCCUUAGCUACAGUUCAUCCCUGCAGCGGCUCUCGUUGGUGGUUCUGGGAGCUCGAGGCCUUCAGCUGCUCACAGAUGCAGGUGUGUGUGUCCAGGUUUGCUUGCAGAUACACACUCAGAUGGUAAAGACGAAGCGUAGCUGUGUGGUGAAAGGCGAACAGAAUCCCAUCUUCAACUACAGGAUGACUUUUAAACUCCGACCGCAGCACCUGGAUGAUGCCUGUUUAAGAUUUGAGCUGCAGCAUCCAAACGACAACCGCUCAGAACCUCCAGCCCUGCUGGGAGUGCUAGUGUUGGGUCCCUUCAUGUACGCCAGGGGUCUUCAGCUGCAGCACUGGAUGGACAUGAUCAACAAGGCACAAGAGCCGGUUAGAAUGUGGCACAGACUGGGCCGGGCAAUAUAAAUCCCAACACAGCAUUCAGAGGCUAAAGGGGAGAAAAAAACCUUCAAAUAUUUGUUUAUUUUAGACUCAAGUCCAGUCUCCAAGAGCUAUUAUUAGUGAAGGUGUGCUUAAAGCUGAAGCUCCGGAGCAUAUGUUUCAAAAAGCAACAUAGUGCUUUGUAAGUGUUGAUUUGAUUUGGUUGGCCACUCAGUGAGGUUUCAAGGUCCAUAUGGAAGAAUCAUGGUAUUGGUAGUUUGACACUUGGUUCAACACGUCAAAAGGAAGUGAAUCGUUGUUCGGACUACGUAGUCUGGAGCUUCGGUGUAAAUUAAAGCUGCUCUUCAUACUUUUCGCCACCAGAUGUCACUGAAGUGGUGAAAAGCUUUGAGUAAUUGACUUUUUUCCCCC